GUGGUCGCAAGUCAUACAGGAAGAGGCGGUGGAAGGCGAAAAGUUACGUUCCCCAAAGCAAAAAAAACACACAGCUUCUCUGUCGAUGGCACUCUGGAAUCACUAAACAUAUUUAUCGAAUUUCCGCACAUUAAGAAUGGUUUGGUCUUGCUUGUAUAUCUGCAAUCAAACAUCGCGCGCUUGAAUUUGUCUCCACUUCCGCGUACAAUGUUUUUUUCCAACGACAUACGACAAGUUUAGAACAGGAAGCCUGCAGAGGCGCUUGUCACUUCGUCUCACCUUUUAGAAGGAGCUCGGUUUGCUGGUGUUGGUAGGACCUGCGACAGCAUGGAUUACGAAGACGUCCUUAAUGGGCGCGGGCUGUCAGGUGCUCAGAGCUUAAAUCCAGUCAUGAACAUAAUCGGAGCAGAGGAUGAAGACUUUGAGAAUGACGAGCAGCCUAUGGUGGACGAUCAGUGCAUUCACUUUAACAGUAUUGAGCUGUUGAAGUCCAGACCCACCCACCUGCUGGUGUUCCUUCAUCAUGUCAUGCUACAGUUUGACUGUGCUCCUGUGCUAUGCUACCUUCAUGCUGACCUCAUGAAGAACCUCAAUACCAAAGACACCAAGAAGCACUUUGGGGAAUUCUACAACACUUUCCUGGAGAAAGGAGCGAUUCUCAAAGUGUCAGUACCAAAUAGCAUCGCCCCUGAAAUAGAUCGCUUGCGUCCAGAACUGAUCAACGAAGAACAGCAAAAACGUUACGCAAAUGAAAUACAGUUCGCGCAGAGUCCAGAGAUACUGCGACAGCUGGAAGACUUCCGGCAAAAGAGGAUGAUGGGAAUGACUCCUAAUGAGCGGGAAUUGAAUGAUGUGGAAUCCCAUCGGCCCACCGACCGCAUCCCUAUGGACAUGAAGGAGAAGGCCGUCGCUGAAUCCCUGCUGGAAAAGAUGGUUGAGGCCAACCCCUCAAUUGUUCCUGACAAGGACAAAAGUAACUCCAUCUUUGGAGCAGUGGCUUAUUAUAUGAAGUACCUUGGAGUCAAGACCAGAGCUUUUGACAACAAGAAGUCCAAAUCAGGAUGGCGGCCAUCGGUUCCAUCUAUGCUGAAGACAUGGUCAGGCAGCAAGCAGGUCAAACCAGUCAAACCUCCUGGAUUCGGCUAUGACGGUAAGCAAAGUAGAUUGGACUUUGAAGCAAAGCAAAACAAACAACCUCUGCCGUCUCAUCGGGUGUCUGUUAGUGAAAACGUCACCACUCCAGGGCGAAAAACUGGUGUGAUCGGGUCAGGGAGCACUCAUGGGUCAGAGAGCAGUGAAGAGUUAAUCAUAAGCGUCAGUGUGACGCCCAGCCCUGACUUUCAAACUGACACAGUAGGUGUCAUCAACACAGACCCCAAACCAGCCUCUGAGGGUGGAGAAGCGUCUCCAGUCAGCACUGGUGGGACUCUGGUUAUCUGUGAACCUCUCGUUGUCAUCGAUGUUCCUCCAGAAGACAUUCAGGACAGCGGCAGAAAGAAGCCAAGGAAUGUGCGCCGCAGUGAAAGCCUUUGUGUGGAGCGGCGUCACUCUCGUCGUGGUGGCUCUACUCGGGCCAAGCAGUCUCGCUCCCGCAGCGACGUGGACCUCCAGUCAACUUCCACAUCCCAUCCCCUCUCACCCUCCCCACAGCAUUCAGUCUCUGUGGAAGGUGACAAGACACCGGAAAUCGCUUUCCCCACUCCCACUUUUGUCCCGGCCCCUCAGCAGGAGGAGAUAGAGCCCCGUCUUCUGGAGCUUGAGCAGGACCCGCUCAAUUGGAGAGAACUUGCUUCCAGUGAAUACCUGCAUAAGCUGAGCAAGAAGGAAGCCAAAAGACAAGAAGUCAUUAAUGAGCUGUUUGUGACAGAGCAAGCACACGUCCGUAUGCUGAGUGUAUUGCAGACAGUGUUUUCUCGUCCACUUGAGAAGCAAGAGUAUAUGACUGCAAAUGAGGUGGCGACCAUAUUCUCCAGCCUGGAUGACAUCAUAGAGAUGCACUAUGUUUUCUAUGAGAACCUGAAGAAACUGCGUGAAGAAGAUGAGUACAUUGUCAAAACCAUUAGCACACCACUUCUCAACAGGUUCAGUGGAUCUGAAGGAGAAUGGUUUCAAAAGCUCACAGCACGCUUCUGUAGCUACCAGUCCUGGGCUUUGGAGCAGAUCAAGAGCAGACAGAAGAAGGACCCCCGAUUUAAUGCUUUUAUACUGGAAGCAGAGAGUAAGCCGCAGUGUCGGAGGCUACAGCUAAAGGAUAUCAUACCCAUAGAGAUGCAGAGGCUAACAAAAUACCCCCUUCUGCUGGAAAACAUUGCCAAGAACACAGAGGAUGCAACAGAAAAAGAGAAAAUAAACCAAGCAGCAGAAUCCUGCCGUAAGAUCCUCAACCAUGUCAAUGAAGAAGUCAAACAAAUGGAGAACCUGCUGAUUUUGAAAGACUACCAGCGCCGACUGGAUACCUCAGGACUGAAACCCAGCAAUGAACUCUACAGCGAGUACAAGACCAUUGAUCUGACCAACCGAACGAUGCUGUUUGAAGGACCUCUGACAUGGAGGGUGACCAAAGAGAAAGCGAUCGAUGUGCACUGUGUGCUGCUGUCAGACCUGCUGGUCUUGUUUCAGAAGCAGGAUGAUAAGAUGCUUUUGAAGUGUCAGAGCAAAAGCAACAUCUCCGUUCAGGAAGGCAAGCAGAUGCUGAGUCCAAUCAUCAAGCUGGAGUCUGUUUUCCUCAGAGAGGUGGCCACUGACCCCAAGGCCCUGUAUGUUAUCUUCACCUGGGACAGUGGAGCACAGAUCUAUGAACUGGUUUCUCAGUCUGUUGGGGAGAGGAAAAACUGGACAGAGGCGAUUAAGUCUGCGGUCGAGGAGCUGAAGAAGGCAUCAAAGAGCAGCACCAAACUGGAAAGGAAUAGCAGGGCUGGCAGUGUGCCAAACAACAUUGCUGUACCUCCAUACGGCCCAGCUCAUCCUCCUCUUAGCCCCACCGAAAACGGAGGAGAACUGCUGAGAAAUCGUGGUGCACGAUUUAGUGAGAAGAUUCGAGAAAGCGAUCCUCCACUCAUCGACUAUCUAGCUGCCAAUGGCUUUGACCUGCUCACCCACAGCCACACACCUCCAGAGAAAUCUGCUACUGUUGCUUUGGAUGAAGUCAUGUGUUUGAAGAGGUUAUUGGUUGGGAGUAUUAGCCUGUCAGAUGAUGCUCAGGCUCUUGGGGAAAAUGGAGGGACGGCGCCUGAAAGUCAGGAUUCAGAGGGAGCUCAACUGUCAGUGGAGGAAUCGAGCACAGAAACAGGCCCUGAAGUAGAAGAGCAUGAGGGAGAUGUAGGGAGUAAAGGAGAAGAGGAAAGAGGGAUCAGUGCUCCUCUAGUGCUCUCUGAGGAGCGCAUGGAGGAGGUGCAGAGGAGACUGCAGGCUCUGGAGGAGCAGCUGAAGAGACUGAGGACGGUUGAGGAGGACCAUUAUAAAUUACAAGAAGCUCUUGCUAAAUAUUCACUUCAGGGGGGCCAUUACAACUGAGAAACAUCACAACCUGCUGUUACAAGAUCACUGUAUGUGCUGGAGUCGAGACUUGCUUUCGGGGGAUUUGCUGAUUGACUAAUGCUGCCUGAACGUUUCUGCUCUCUCUUCUCUUUUCCAAACUGUCCUUUCAGAAGAUUGACAGCAGGCCUCUGGUGCUUUCCAUUCCACUGAGAAAUGACCUGAAGUGGGUGUUUUGAAAUAAUAGUGAUCCGUGCGCAUAAAUAAGAGUGUGAGUGUUUCUGCUGAAAGCCGCGACAGACAGUCUUACCAAAACAUGCCAAAGAAAUGUGUAAAGCCUAGAGAGAUCUCAGAGUGAAAUGCUAGAUGUGCAUGUGGAAGCAUUAUGCGCACACAUACUGUACACAAAGAUAAACCUAAGCAUGUCAGAACUUGUCAUUUAGUAUCAAAAGGCUAUCUAUAUUCAUAGAAAAGUAUAGUUGCAUCUUUGGGAACGCAGUCUGACGCAUAUGAAGCCUGCAGCUCAGAUUGAAGUUCAGUCAGGUUCAUCCAAACUAAACAAAUGUGCCCCUUCUUUCUUUUCGUUUCGUUUCCCUCCACAUUUUAAUAUCAUGUUCAUUCAUGCUAAUAUUUAUUACCAUCAAAAAUGAUAUGUAUUUUCAAAAAUUACAGAUAUUGAAUUGUAUUUGUUGAUAUUUUUAAGCAGAGAACUGAAUAGCUAUAGCAUGAAUCUGUAGUAAGAUGGAGAAUUAAAGCAUGUCUUUUUUUAAAA